AAGGCAUGCUCACCUUGGCGCUAAAGGCUCUUGAGAGAACUGGUCUAUAAAAGAGACGGACAUACCUCGCGAUCCGAACAAACCGAACCAAAAUGUCUUGCCCGAUUGUCGUCAUGCUCGCGAUCUUGACGUUCUUACAAGCGUCCUCUGCCUCCGUCGACUUGUCCGAGACCAAGAAUGUUCUGAUUGAAUUCGCCGACGAGGAUGUCGUACCGAAAACAGCGUUGAAAAGUUUGGUGCCCAAUACAUACGUUGCUGGAUUUAUCGGAAAUCUCGAGAUUGGAAGACGAUAUUCCGACGAAACAAUUUUCCGCCGAGUUAUUGAGUUUAACAAUCCAACAAACACUGUUCAGUCAAGUACGCUGACGCUAACUGUUACUAAUGGAAUCCUUCAUUAUAUUAGCGUAAUAAAUGACAGCAGCAGUUACGCAGUUGUAUGCGAUGAACCGAAUACUCUGGGAUCAUCCAGGGGCAAUAUUAAUAUUCGUGCCUCUCCAAAUACGAAAUCCUAUCUCACGAUAAUUACGGCAGUGCAUUAAGGAAACAUGUAUAAAAUAAAAGAAUAACAAGCAUUUAUUAUAGAUCAUGCAUUAAUAACAGGAAAAUAAAAAAGAAUUGCAUUUGCGUUUCUUUUUCUUUUGAAAAGAGAUAUAUUAACUGUGAUAAAAAAAUUUCUCUAUUCCCACUAUAUUAUGUAUUCUGCACAAAAAUAAAAGAUAAGACAAUAACAAUCGUUAUUAUCCAUAA